AUUUUAAGAGGAUCACAAUAGGUAAAUCCCAGACUUCCAUGACAACGGGAGUGGCUCUCUGUAUGCGCGUGUGCGCGCGCAUGUGUGUGUGGCGGUGCAAUCACUGACAGCGGCGGCAACUCCUCCUCAGUAGCGCUGCAGACCCGCGGAAAACCAUGCAAGCAGGACAAUCGCUGUCUGUGCCAUGCUGAGCAUUUCCCCGAUUCUUCUGCUGGCUCUGACCACCGCUGCUGGACUCUUUCAGUGCUCCCAAGGCUGGAGCGACGAGGAUCUCUUGCUUCCACCAAUCAACUCUACCAACAGGUUCCUAGCUAACUUGGAGGUGGACGUGAGGUAUUCCAAAAGAUCUGUGGAGGAGAGCGAAGCCUCAUCCGAGACCUCGCUUCAGCCUCUGUGUAACGUAAGCGUCCAGAGGCUCUUGCCCACCUCGCUGGUGGCUCGCUGGGACAAGCACUUUGGUUUUCAAUGCGAUGUGCUCAUCUAUACCACAAACAACCAUGGCAGAGCUUUCUUCUCUGCCGCUUUCAAUCGGGUCGUCUCACCUGUUGUCAUCGAGCAUUUGGGAGUCUCCGGUGGGCAACAGGAAUUCAGGUUGUGCGUCGGAUGUGGACUCUCACGGAACAGGCGGUUUGGGCAAUCCAGAUCUCACUCACUGCAGACGGGAGAUCCCCUGAAUUUUUGCUGCCUUGACUUUGGCUUGGAUGAGCUCAAAGGGGAUAAGAGCUGGAGGCUGAACCGCAAGCCAAUUGAGUCUACUCUCGUGGCUUGUUUCAUGACUUUAGUUAUCAUCGUGUGGAGCGUUGCUGCCCUCAUAUGGCCGGUCCCUAUUAUUGCAGGAUUUCUGCCCAAUGGAAUGGAACAGAGGAGACCGAGAUAAGAGUAAAAAUAAUAAUUUCUCACGUUAUUCCUGAAGGGAUA